UGCAUAACCCGGUGUUCUGUACCGAUAAGCGUGUUCUACCCAUGCAACGACCAAGAGUUUGGGAAGAAACACCGAGUGACUACCGGUACCGUUAACCAGGUCGGCCCCGUUGACCGCCGCCGGGGAGUAACUUCAAUUUGAUCCGGCAAAAUUCGUUAGUCAACUACCUCCCACUCCUCCCUCCCUCCCUUCUUCGCUUUCCCUUGCAGCAACAUUCGACUGGCAUGGAUAUCUCCUCGAUUCUCCAGGGCGGGUACCACCAUCCACUGCCUCGAUCAUGGCAAGGCCGGCGCCAGCUCACAAAGUCGAUGCUCAUGUAUCCCAUCUUCAUAACGGAUGACCCGGAUGCGAGCGAAGUUAUUGAGAGUCUACCGGGACAGAAGCGAUGGGGAGUAAACAAACUGGAGGAAUUCCUGGGGCCAUUGGUCAAGAAAGGUCUCCAGAGCGUGAUUCUCUUCGGAGUACCGAUGAAAUGUAUCAAGGAUGGAAGGGGAACACCAGCAGAUGAUCCAACUGGACCCGUCAUUCUUGCCAUCAAAAAACUUCGCGAACUGUUUCCCUCUCUUUACAUCGCCUGCGACGUCUGUCUAUGCGAGUAUACGAGCCACGGUCACUGUGGUCUGCUCCACGAUGAUGGUACCAUCAACACCGCCCCUUCUGUGGACCGUAUUGCCGAGGUCGCCGUCAACUACGCAAAAGCCGGCGCCCACUGCGUAGCGCCCAGUGACAUGAUGGACGGCCGUAUCAAGGGCAUAAAACAAGGUCUCAUUGACGCCGGACUAGGGAACAAGUGCACUCUGAUGGCCUACUCCGCCAAAUUCGCCAGCGCAUUGUACGGUCCUUUCCGAGACGCCGCAGGCAGCGCACCUUCUUUUGGAGAUCGAAAAUGCUACCAGCUACCACCGUCUGCCCGAGGACUUGCCCGACGAGCUAUCCAACGCGACGCUACGGAGGGUGCCGACAUUAUAAUGGUUAAACCAGCUCUUCCGUACCUCGAUAUCAUUGCCGAUGCCGCUCAACUUGCCCCAGACCAUCCCCUGGCUUGCUACCAGGUAAGUGGAGAGUUUGCGAUGGUCGUCGCUGGGGCAAAUGCCGGAGUAUAUGACCUCCGAACGAUGGCCUUUGAAUCCGUGGAUAGUAUGAUUCGUGCUGGUGCAACACUUAUUUUAACUUACUUUACACCUGAGUUUUUGGACUGGCUGGAAAAUUAGAAGAGAAUGAUUGUGAUAUUUUUUAAAAAACGUUGUUUGUAGAAAUGUAGUGAGUAUAAUACCAAAAUUGAUUUCGUUGUACCGGGUUUUCGGUCCGGAAUCCGAACUCCGGAUCAUGCGACGUGGUUCUCCUUCUACGAUUA